UUGGAUUUUUGCCGUGAACGGACUUUGACGUCGCGCGACCGACGGACGAGAGAAUUGCAUUUUGUUGUUUUUUUUUUCGUGUGUGCCGCGGUGUUGCGUUUGAAAUACGCGUAUUUACUUGAUCGCGCGUAUCAAAAUGGCAGCAGCAGCCGCCACAAUAGCCGCAGCAGCUGAAAUUAUGCAAUGAACAGACGCAACACAAAAUUAAUAAUUACAAUAAUAAUAACAAUAUUAAUAAUAUUAAUUACAAUACAAAUACAACUACUAAUGAGACGCAAGCAGCGAAUACUAAUAAAAAGAAAUACAACAAUUACAACAACAACAAUUAUAAUAGCGCAACAGUAACAGCAGCUACUCACAAGCAACAACAACAACAAAACGACACGGCAACUACAACAACAGCAGCAGCCUCAGCAGCAACAACAACAGCAACAACAACAACAGCUGCAGCUGCAAAAAGCAAAUUAAAAAACAAACACAUUUAUUUUGUGCGUCGUCGAUUUCGGCGCAACAAUUCAAACGCCUCCCAAAUCAAUAUCAACAACCAUAAUAAUAAUAACAACAACAAUAGUAAUAUUAAUAACAAUAAUAAUAAUAAAAUUAAGCAUAAAACAAAUUUCAGCAGCACAGCUAAAUCAACAACAACAAUUAAAACAACUGCAGCCGCAGCAACAACAACAAACGGCAAAAAAUCAUUUAAAAUGGGCGGCGGCAAAGAUAUUCGCCGCGGCCUGGAGCCAUUGGAAUUUGAGGAAUGUAUUGUCGAUAGUCCAGAAUUUCGUGAUAAUUUGAAUCGUCACGAAAAGGAAUUGGAUCACACUAGUCAUCAGAUCAAGCGCAUUAUCAAAGAGGUUAAAGAUCUAAUGAGUGCCGCUAAAGUGCUUUCCACACGCAUGAAACAGUUGGCCAUUCUGCUAAAUGAUUUCAACUUUGAGUGCAUUGGCACCGCACAGACCGAUGAUGAGAAUGUGAUUUGUGAGAGUCUUAAGAGAUUCGGUGCCAUCAUUGGCACAAUUGAAGAUGAACGCGAGAAAAUGCUUACUCUCGCCGAUAAGCAUAUUAUUGAAUCGCUGGAGGACUUUCGCAAGAAACAAAUCGGCGGCGUUAAGGAGAAUAAAAAGAAAUUUGAUAAGAAGACAGAAAAGUUCUGUCAAUCGCAGGAGCGUUUCCUCAAUAUGUCAACCAAAAAGCCUGAGAAUACGAUACAAGAGGCCGAUGCCAGUUUGGGCAUGCAUGAGCGUGAAUACAUUCAGGAAUCGCUGAGCUAUGUACUUCGCAUUCAGGAAGUGCAGGAACGCAUCAAAUUUGAAUUUGUCGAAAUACUGUUGGCCUUCAUAUCCGGUUGGCUGGUAUUUUAUCACACCGCCCACGAACAGGCCGAGGAUCAUCGCGACUAUCUGCAGGAUCUGAGGCACAAGGUUCAAAAGACUCGCGAAAAUUUCGAAGAGGCUCGCGAAAAGGUCACCGAACUGAAAACCAAGUACAUGGAAAAGCGUACGAAAUCAGAGGAGAUUUUCACCAAACGCGGUUAUCUGUUUUUGAUGGAAAAGAGUUCCCUUCUGAAAAUCUCACUUUUAGAGCCUUUCAAAGCAACAUGGACGAAAUACUAUUGCACAUUCAAGAAACAAAAGCGCGAGUUCACAAUGCUCCAGUUCAAUCAGAUGAACCACAGUUUCACACGGCCCGAGGCCCGUGAGGACGAGAAAUUGACGUUAUUCUCGUGCCAGCGACGAGCCUCUGAGUUUGAGAAGCGUUUUUGCUUUGAUUUAACCUUUAAGGAGAAACCGGGCAUUGUGUAUACAUUUCAAGCGCUUAGCGAAAAGGAUCAUCGCUCCUGGCUAAGCGCCAUGGAUGGCACGGAGCCGACGUAUCUGGCGCCUGGGAAAAUGAAAGCCAAUGAAGCUUAUCAACUGGAUGAGACUGGUUUCAUGUUUGUGCGUCGCUGCAUUCAGGUCCUGGAGAGUCGAGGACUUGAGGAUGAGGGCAUUUAUCGAAAGAGCGGCGUUGGUACCAAAAUCAACAAACUUCUUGCUCUCGGCAUGGAGCGCAAGGAGACGGAGGAUGUCUUUAUCGAUGAAAAGUAUCGGGAUCUCAUGGAGAGCAACACAAUUGCCAGCGCCCUUAAAAUGUAUCUGCGCAAUCUGAAUGAACCCUUGAUGACCUAUCACUAUCACAGCGGCUUUAUCGAGGCAGCCAAGAAAGAGAGCCUCAAUCAGCGCGUGAAUGAGGUUCAUAAACUGGUCUACAAACUGCCGCAGCCAAACUUUGAGAUGCUGGACAUGGUCAUCAGGCAUUUGACUGAAGUAUCGCGGAAAUACGAGAAGAACAAAAUGUCUGUGUUUAAUCUGGGCGUUGUAUUCGGUCCAACACUUUUGCGUCCGCUGGAGGAGACGGUGGCCGCCAUAUUGGACAUUAAGUUUAACAACAUUGUCAUCAACAUACUCAUUGAGAACUAUGAGCGCAUCUUCAAGAACGAUCCAAGCAGCAGUGUCGUCAAUGCGGCAAAUCUGCAUCCGAGUACCACAAGUCCGCCAACACGCAUGCCACGUGCCUCGCAGGUGGGCAAGGCAGCCUCAACGGGUGGAGGAGGAGGUGGAGGAGGUGGAGGUGGCAGUGUGGGACGCAGCUCCAUGUAUUCACCACAACAGAAAGUGUAUCGUGUGGUUACAAAAUCCAAUUACACGGAGCCAACAAUGUCCUCCAGCUUGCAGAAUAUUCCAAAUGGCAUGAUCUAUGCACAUGGUCCGGCAAGUGCGAGCAUCAGCACACCACCUGGCGGUGUCAGCACCAAUAGCAGCACUAAUGGCGCUGCCACAACGCAUCCCACAAAUGGGGCAAGGCCCACGCAAAUGGGCAGCAUGAAGAAUUUGCAUGCUAUGACACAAAGUGACAUUAGUGGACGACGCAGCGGGACGGGAGCGGGAGCGGGAGCGGGAACGGAUGCAGCAGCUGCUGUAUAUGGCAUACUCGGUGGUGGUACGGGCGGUGUUGUUAGUGGUGUUGGUAGUGGUGUCAAUACAAAUGGUGGCGCCACACUUCAAGCACAUCAUGCAACACCAGCGACAGCCACAAAUAAUUUGCGGCAUGCCGAUUAUUUAAUGGCCACCGCCACACCGGUUGCCCAGUCCGCAUCGAGCAGUCACAUCUAUACGAAUGCCGGCAGCAGCAAUCGGUUAAGCUUAAACAAUGUAUCCCCGCCCACGGCCGCCAUGCGCAAGGAGCGACUGCUUCAGAAUUCGGGCAGCAGCAGCGCCAUUGUCACUGGACCGCAACAGCAUCCGCCCGUGCAACGCAGCCACUUUGGCUACGGCCAGGCGAAGCAUUAUUCACCUGUUGCCGCUGCCUCCACAUCCAGCUCCAAUGAGAGUGUCUGCGAUUCGCUCUCAUCCAACAAUGGUUUAGGUGGAGGUGGUGGAGUAACUGCAGCAGGCAUUGGUGGAGGUGGAAGUGGAGGUGGAGGUGGAGGAGUAGGAGGAACUGGUGCUAGUGGUGGUGGUGUUGGCUUACAUGCCGGUGGCAGCAGUGCCAAUGUGACGCGUCUUCUCAACGCUCGCAGUUCGAUUGAUUAUCCGCCCAUCACAUCGCAAGCAUCGUCGCUUUCAACGCUUCUGGGCUCCACCUGCGAUGACAUUGUCACGGCCACCGCGGCGCCAUCAAUGAUUGGUGGUUCCGGCAUGGGCAGCCUCAGUGGCAGCGGCUCCACAAAUGAGAGUGCCGACUAUGCGCCAACCAAAAUGCAUCGCAAUCGGGACAUUAACCAAAUCAAGCGCGAUUUAACAGCGGGCACUGCUCGAGUGCGUACUUUAUAUGCCUGCAUGGGAGAAAGCGAGGGCGAGCUAUCCUUUGAGCCAAAUCAGAUAAUAACGAAUGUGCGUUUCUCACAUGAACCCGGCUGGUUGCAGGGAACGUUGAAUGGCAAGACGGGACUUAUACCGGAGAAUUACGUAGAGCAUCUGAAGCCAUACCACUAGAAAGCAUAUUCUAUCUAAACCUCCCUCCUCCUCCUCUACUCUCUCUCUCUCUCUCUCUCUCUUCUUUUUCUGAAACCCCCACGUUUCUUCCUGUAUCCGCGUUUAGUAUUUAAAGUCACAUUAGCCUAGGGCUCUACAUAUAGUUUAGGGCGCCAUCCAAAAUCGCAAGAAAAAACUUUGUAAAAUUGUAUAAAACUGAAAAAAAAAGAAACAACUCAAAGAGGAACGCAACAAAAAAGAAAGGAUAAAGAAAAUAACAAAUACUUCAAUUGAGUAUUGAGUUAUAAUAUGAGAUAUAUAUAUAAUAUAUUUAUAUAUAUGUUUUAUUAUAUUAUUAUAUAUUAAAUUUAAAACUAGAUGUAAGCCUAAUGUGAAGUGUUAAGUCUAAGCCAUAAAAGCCACCAGUUUACUUUAGUAUGUACUGCAACCACACAAGAACAACAACAACAACAAAAACUACAACUAGAAGAUGAAGUAUAUUAUAUACUAAGUACAUGCAUACACUUAUGUACAGACUAAUAUAUAUCUGUAUGAAUGCAUUUUUUCCCUUGCUAUGAAGUAGCAUCAACAGUUUUAGUUAGUUUCCAAAAAGAAACAAAUGCAAAGAUUUCAAAUACAAGAAGAAUUGUAAAACAAAACAACAGGAAAAAGAAGAAAACAAAGAUGAAUACGGUAAAAGUUUGCUUUGCUUUGACCUUCACGAGACGCACAGAGAAAGCGGCAAAGUUGAGAGAGAGUAAAGUAAACAAUAUAUAACUAUAAACUUUAUACAUAUAUCUAUAUAUAUGUAUAUUUAAAUAUAUAUAUUUACUUACUAUACUUAUAUUAUAUAUAUAUUUAUAUAUAUAUACAUGGAGACGAAGGAAAA